AUGCACAUUAACACACUAUCACAGCAGCAACACACAGUGAAAUCUGAAAGUGGCUCUUCAGUCAUACCUGACAUCUGAAAGUUAUUUUUAUUGAAUGACACAAGUAGGGAAGUACAUGUUAAAAUUACUGCUUUGAUUUUCUGCUGAUGUGUUUGGAUCACAAACUGGGGUAUGAUCUCACUUCCAUCAUUACAAAAUGUUUAAAAACAGAUAACUAAUGCCCUCAGUGUCAGUUAAACUAUGAGUUUAUUCUGCGCAUAUUUCUGUAGUUUCUCCGCUAAUGAGAAAGGUUGGUGAACCUGAUUUUCAGUUUACCCUCCGCUUCACGCUCUGCUCCUCUCUCCUCCCUCUCCCUCUCCGCUCUGGCUGCGCGCUGUUUUCGGGGGGCUCCUUAUAAAUAAAAUCCACCGUCCCCGGUUCCUCUUCCUUAUUGGUCAGGAGUCGUUACCUCACUCCGGGGCCGGUGACGCAGCGUCUUCACGUAUCCUUCAUGUGCGUCUCUUCUUGUUUCUUAUUGAGAGUCUUGCCAUCGGUCAGAGGGAGAAAACGGAAUUCGCGACGAGCCGAGAGUGCCGGACGGACCGGGUGCGCUCGAUACUAAACACUUCCUAUCCCGGGAGGAGAGCGGCGCACAAGAGCAGUCUCUCUCUUUCUCUCUUUUUCUCCGUGUCUCGCUCACUCUCUCUCUCUCUCUCUCUCGCACACACACACUUUUUCUAUGAGUCUCUCUCCCUCGCGCUCCCUCCCGCACACACACACGCCCGCGCGCGCACGCACGCUCUGCAUACGUCUCCACUUUGCCGUAGUAAAUUACGGCAUUGAUCUCAACGACGAGUGCGGAUCUGUCUCUUGUGUUCGCCCUUUCUUCGACGGACCGACUUGGAGAAACGAAGUAACUCACCCUGUGUGUGUCUGAGAGGACCCCUGGUCAUGUCCGUUUAGCUCCCCUGCGUGAUGCCUGAUCAUGACAGCACCACCCUCCUAACCAGACAGACCAAGCGCCGACGUGUCGACAUCGGGGUGAAAAGGACUGUGGCUAGUGCGUUAUUCAGCCGCGCCAGAGAGACCCUGCUUGAUAGCAUGAACCAAUCACACGGCCCCGAUCAGGACGGAGAUUGCUCGUUGGUCAGCCACGGCCAUGGCGGUGCCAACGGUGACGGAGAGAAGUCGAAUGUUUUGAGGAAGUUGCUGAAGAGGGCCAACUCGUACGAAGACGCCAUAAUGCCUUUUCCUGGUGCUACCAUUAUCUCUCAGCUGCUAAAGAAUAAUAUGGGGAAGAAUGGAGGGAGUGACUCAGGCUUCCAGGGGAGUGGAGCUCUGUCCAGUGGAGGCUCAGAGAUCCAUGCCGAGGAUGCCUGCAGCAAUUCCUCCCGCGACCGGGACAGCCCAUCUGACUGCCUCUCACCUGGGCCUCCUCUUCCUCCUCCAUCUUCCUCCUCCUCCUUCGGGCGACCACCACCUCCUUCAAGCCUCAACUCUCACGCUCCCUCUCAGCCCCUCUCCCUCUCCACUUUCGACUUAGACAGGCUGUCGGAUGAGCAUCUCCGUGCCAAGCGCGCUCGCGUGGAAAACAUCAUCCGCGGCAUGAGUCACUCGCCACUGGUCCGGCCCAACGGUGACCACAACCAAGAAAGCACCCGCGAAAAUGAGAAUUGCAUCAACAACAGCAACGGCGGUAAUGACCACCGAAGAGACGGCAAUAGCCACAACACCAGCGGCCACAACCACAGCCAGAGCGAUGGCCCCUCUUCCCUCCUGAGCUCUCCAGGUUUGCGGGGCGGUGGGGUCAGUGUUGGCGAGGUUUACAGGGAGAAUAAGAGAAAGCAGCGCCUGCCACAGCAGCAGCACAGCUUCACCCAGCUGGUUUGUUCCAGGCAGGAGCAGAGACAGGAAGAGAGACGGCAGCUCAAACUGCAACUGGAGGACAUGCAGAAACAGUUGCGCCAACUCCAGGAAAAGUUCUACCAGAUCUACGACUCAGAGACAGAGGAAGAGGAAGACAACGGCGAGAGCGGAGAGGCCGACCGAGGUGGAGAAAGAGAGGAGGACGGCAACUUGUCAGAGGACAGUAUCCGCUCUGACGGCCUGGAGGAGAGGCACAGAGACAGAGGGCGGCACAGCAAUGACGACCUGUCUGAGCUGGACCCAGGCCUGUUCCUGGACCGGGCCCGAGCCCUCCUCCGAGAACAGGCCCUGAUAGAUGGAGAAAUGGAGGAGGAUGUGGAUGGCAGGGAGGAGGAGGAGAGGAAUGUAGAAAGGGUGAUGAAGAGGAGAGGAGGAGCAGCAGGAGGAGGUGGAGGAAGGCAGUUAGCAGAAACACUGAAGCAGGAGCUGAACUGUGCCGUGUCGCAGGUCGUCGACACUGUCGUUAAGGGCUUCUCCUCGCCCAAGCAGGCCGUCAGUCACCAUCAUGGCUGCCACAGCAGCACACCAGCUGCACCCUCCUCUUCCUCCAACUCAUCCUCUUCCUGCCCGCCACCUUUCGGCCCCCUCCCAUCCCUCACCCCGGACUCGCGCUUUGGUGGUGGUGGCCUGGCCCUCAGUAUGAACGGGGAUGGCAGUCCAACCCCAAACUACCACUCCUCCAACCAGAGGUUGCAUUGCUUUGGCGAUGUAAUCGUCCCAAGCCCGCUUGAUUCAUUUGGUGGUUUGAGUGGCAGACUGAGCGGUGUGCCAACGCCCAACGACCAAACAGAGGCGCUGCCGCUGGUGGUGCGCAAAAGCGGCGGAGGAGGUGGUGGAGAGAACACUCACCCUUCUCUUCCUCCUCCUCCUCCUCACCAUCCCUCCCUCCACCCCUCUCCCCUUACAGCCUCGCUCGGGUUUAGCCCUCCAUCAUUUCGCCACCCAUUCCCUCUUCCCCUCAUGGGUUACCCCUUCCAGAGCCCCCUUUCGCACGGGGGUGGAGCCAGCUACCCUCCAGGGCCCAAGGACCAUCAUCGGUCCUCCCCCGAUUCCAUGGACAUGACCCGGGACACUGUCAGCCUCAGAACCAAAAUGACAUCCCUUGGCGGGGGCCAUCUCAGUCACCACCACCACAGGCAGAGCUCACCAGGCCAGCAUGGGCCUGAGGGUCUGUCCCUGUCCCUCAUCAAGUCUGAGUGUGGAGACCUGCAAGACAUGGCCGACAUAUCGCCCUACUCAGGCAGCACCAUUCAGGAGGGCUUGUCUCCCAACCAUCUGAAGAAGGCCAAGCUGAUGUUCUUCUACACCCGCUACCCUUCCUCCAACAUGCUCAAAAUAUUCUUCUCAGAUGUCAAGUUCAAUCGCUGCAUCACCUCCCAGCUGAUCAAGUGGUUCAGCAACUUCAGGGAGUUCUACUACAUCCAGAUGGAGAAGUUCGCCCGGCAGGCCAUCAACGAGGGUGUGACUGCCGCAGAGGAGCUGUCGGUGGGCCGUGAUGCCGAGCUCUUCAGGGCACUCAACAUGCACUACAACAAGGCCAAUGACUUUGAGGUUCCUGAGCGAUUUCUGGAGGUGGCCCAGGUGACUCUGCGCGAGUUCUUUAACGCCAUUGUGGCUGGAAAGGACGCGGACCCAUCCUGGAAGAAAGCCAUCUACAAGGUGAUCUGCAAACUGGACAGUGAGGUUCCUGAUGUCUUCAAAUCCCCCAACUGUCUACAAGAACUCCUCCAUGACUGACUAGGGCGAAGGAGGAAACGCAGCGAGCAAGACAAACCUCCAAGGACAGUGAGAAGACUGUAAGAAAGCACGACUUAGACUAGGUUGAGGUCUUCAGUGAAGUGCGUUUGACAGUUGUAACGCAAUGCAGAGACUUGAAGUGGUUCUACUUUGAGGCUUCUGGAGAGGUUUGUUGAUGGUUAUUUUUGGUCAGCCCAACUUUUAAAAAAAUUCCUCUUGAACGAGGUAGAGGGCUCAAACUCAGAGUCAGACAAUGUUCAAAUUAACAUAUUGUGAGACUUUUAUAAAUUAAAAGCAAAACAGUGAAAAUCCUUGCACUUACAGAAAAACUCCACCAUGCCGAAAACCCCCGUCUUCUCUUUCUCCUCCACCUCGUCCACGCUCACUCUUCAUCCUUCUCUGGAGGAACAAAGUGAGGAGGAAGAUGAUGGAUCAAUCUUCAGCCCAUGACUUGGGGUCGGGGGCGAACUAAAAAUAAAGAUGAUAAUAUAUAAAAAUCUUUUUAUUGUGGAUGUUUUUAAGUUACAUGGACAUUUUGGAAAAAAAGUGAUGUUUCUGUAUUUUUUCUCCUUUGUAUAAGCGUACAGCCUCUCUUCUAUGAACCCCUCAGUCACUCACAUAGAUACACAUGCAUACACAGGAACACACACGUACACACCUCUUAAAUAGGAAAGCACAGUAGCAUUCCCAAAUCCUCACCUGAACCCAGAAAAACUGGACAUAAAUAAACUUAGUUGUUGUUUAUUUCCCUUCUUUUUUCCCCCUCCUAUUUUUACUUCUCCCUCUUCUUACUGUACUGAGACUUACUGGGUGUUUGUUUUGACUAUAUGGCUCUCCCUGCCCCACCCCUUCCUGUCUGCCCCUCUUGGCUCAUGUUGCAUUCAGGCACCCAGAGCAUCAAAGACCCAAAACUUUUUAUUUCAUCUCUCAGAUCGAGAUACUAUCAGUUAAAUGGAAAACUGGAAAAUCAGAUUGAUUCGUUUACCUCAGUUACUGCAUUUAUUUUACUUAUUUUCAAUGAUAAUAUUGAUAAUUGAGGAUGGUCCCUUUUUCCUUGGUUUUUACAUGGCAGACAUCUUUGAAAUUUAUAUUUUGUUAUGGAUGACUGGUGACAAAUAACAAACUGAGUGGAACAUUUUACAGUUGAAAAAGAAACCUGUUUCCUUGCUUUUUGGUGGGCAAACUAUGAAAAAGAGACACUGUCUCUUAAUUAUUUUGGCAUAUCUGCACCACAAUUUCUGACCAAAUACACCAGCAUUAUCUAUACAUAUCUGUGACAAGCUAGUAUCUGGUCCAACUACUACUAACUUAUUUAUAUUUUCAAUGUAUAGCACUGAUGCUAGAUAAAUUUGGGAUCCAGCAUUGCAACCCAAUCAGCGGAAUAAGUGUUGGCUUUGGCUUCUGCCAGCCACGGAUACAUUUUAUUUGUAUGUUUCAUAUGUAACUGAUAUGUAUAAACUUUGUUUCUUUAUGAUUCAGUUUUUAAUUUUUACGUUGUGACAACACUGUGGUUAAAGUGUGGUAUGGUUUAGGCAUUAAAAAAACAGUAAGGGUUAGGAAAACAUCAUGCUUUAGUUUGAAGUACCCAGUUUGAUCACUACAGACACAGGUGGACAUGUUCCAAAUUGUUGUUAAAAAAACACUUGGUUUGGUUGCUACACACACUGCUGGAUCUGUGUUAAAAAGAUGCAGUUUGGUCACGCCGGUGGACAUGUCCUGCCGUUCAACACUUGCUGUUGUCGCUACAAUCAUGGCUGGACAUGUCCAGAACUGUGUUCAAAAACGCCCAGUUUGGUUGCUAUAAACAUGGCUAGAUAUGUCUUAAACUAUCGUUAAAAAACACUUGGUUUGGUCGCUGCAAAUACGGGUGGACAUGUCCAAAACUUUCAUUAAGAAAACACCUGCUUUUUUUGCAACAAACACAGCUGAAGGGUCUCGAACUCUUGUUAAUAAACACCUUUUAUUUUUUUAUACGAACACAGCUGGAAAUGUCUCGGACUCUCCUCAAAAAAUACCCAAUUUUGUCGCAACAAACAUUGCUUGACAUGCUCCAAACGACCAUUUAAAACACUUGGUUUAGUCGCUGCAAACAGGGCUGGACAUGUGCGAAACUGGUAAGAAAGGGUUUCUUAACUGGUAAGAAAAGGGUUUUUUUCGA